GGAGGAUGUUCGGCGGGUACGGCCGUCGUGCGAUGUCUUUGCCUCACUUUCUCCUGCUAGCGCCGGGGCACGACGAGGCCGUUCACGUCACAGACUUCCUCGAGGUCUGGGCGAAAUCUGGUACCUCUGUCAGUGCCAUGGACGUCGGACCUGGAACAUCGAUCAGUGGUCCUGUUGGGUUCGCGGGAGGAGAGUGCUCUGAAAGGGAGAUGGGAGGUCAGGGCGGCCUGCCAGCUACGCCUCCUGAUCAAGAGGUGGGCAUGCCAGACGACUCGGAGGACGACCAUCCGCGUGCUCCUUUGAAACCGGGCUUGCAUGUAUCUCGCCGCCACGGUUUGCUUGGGGAGUCGACGCCACAUGGAGGCGGCGAUGGCGAACGGUUGCGACAGGGCUCAGAAUCGACGACUCCUCCGCCACGGUUUGAAACCGGGCUUGCAUGUAUCUCGACGCCACAAGGAUUGGUUCGUUCGUUCGUGGCAUGCAGGUGGCCGAGGUUUCGCCUGGAGAUCGAGCGGGUGGUCCGCAGGUUCGAGAGUGGGAACGUCGCCGGUGAGGAGGAGGUGUCCGAUCAAGGGCUGUUCGGUGAGAGAUCGGCUGAAAAAACUCAGUCGGGAGGCAAGCGCAACUUGCCGGAUGAGGAAGAGCGAGAGGGACUAGGUGCUCUGAAAAGGCAGAGAAAGGCAGGAGGGAGUGCUCGGACGCCAACAACACGAGAGGGCGGUUCCGUUGAGAAGAGGAAAAGGGUUGGAGGUGGGGAUGAAACGCUAAAAGACUUGUCGACACAACGAAGAACCGGUGAGUCUUCUGAGAAAAGGGCAAAAUCAUCGAGGGGGAAGAAAGCAGACGAGGGCGACAGCGGGGAGGGGGAUGAUGACCUGGAGAUUAACCUCAACGCCUUUAACCUCAAUAAUGCGUUCUUCCUCGAGAUGCAGACAGGGGUGCAGAAGGACGUCGUGUUGCACAUCCACCCCGAAAGAAUUUUAGCUAUUCCAGACUGGGAAGACGCGUACAACCACCGAUCCUUGGAUGAGUUCCUCGUUGAUACCAUCGCGUCGGCUAUGAUCGAUUGCUACGAAAGUAAAGACAUGAGAUACACGAAGCCCAUUUUCGUUCUCGCUCCGAAUGUCGCGCCUCCAGAGAACGGCGAGCCUGCUGUGCGCGUGCUGGAGAAAACUUUCUACAUCAAAGUUUCGGAGCCGGAUGUCCACUGCUGGAAGGAAUUGGUGGACUUGACGGACCGCGAGAAGAAAAGGCUGUUGAACGGCGUCUUGAACCUUAACGUCGUGUGGGUUCAAACGAGUAGCAAAAAGUUGGCCGAGCAGGGGAAGUUCAGUGUCAAGGAGAUGGUCGACAUAAUAAAAAUGGACCGGAUUAUGCUGAGGAUGUGGAACUACGUGGAGUUCGAGUACGAGAAAAUGGAUAAGCGGGAGGGGAAUGCCAACUCCACGUUCUUCAGGUCCAAGAAGCAACUGUUCGAAGAGUUCAAGGACAGAGGUCUCGACGACAAGCUUUGGAACGAGAGCAGAAAAUUUUUCACGGACACCACUUACGUCAACAAGUGCCCUCAGUUUCUCAGGUGUCAUCACGACAACAACAUCAAGAGAACGGCGACCCUCGUCAACGACCAGCAUUUCCCGGCGGAGUGGAAGCGUGUCGUCCUUUCGGUGGUGUGGAGUCUGCUUCAGCAGGGAAGGCACGUCUUGGCCGUGGAUGGGGACACAACGCAGCUCGAAUACACCGUGCAGUAUGUCACCCAUGAAGUGUCGUCCAAGCCUCACCCAUGUGAUUUCCACCAUGUCGUGGUCGAGCCCGUUUAUGAACCGAACAAGGACAUGUUCUUCAAGUUGACUCCGAAGAAAAGGCCCCAGGUCUACUCCUUCCUUUACGGCGAACAACCAAGGUUGAGAUUUGACCCGCAGUACGUGGUGCGGAAGGAAGUCGCCAUUGCAGUCCUCCAGGGCUACCACGGAGCGAGCUGGGCCGGCGCUGUGAGGUUCAUUAAGAGGCUGGAAUAUGUCUUUUUUAACGAGGAUGUUGUCGAUCCGGCCGACUUCGCUUUGGAUAAGUACAAGCUGGCAUUCGGUGAGGAGGACGACUUCAAUAUCGAGACUGAGCAGGAGGAGAGCGUUGAGGACGACCUCUUCGAUUUGGACGGGCAAUUGGCCAUCUUCAACGCCCAAGUUUUUGAGUCGCCGUCAAUAUGCAAACCGGGGACACCUCUCGCUACACCUACCUCGGGCAGUCCCACGCCCGUGUCCUCCUCAACGCCUGUCAAGAGGGGUGGGUUGUCCCGUCUGAGGAGUUCGCCGGGGGAGCCUAUUCGUCUCACGCCGCAGCCCGAACGUCUUCGACCCGGCCAUCCAGUUCCUCCRGACCAUCCRCAUCUCAAGGCUCCUGCGACUCCCUUCCACAUGGGCGACAAACACACCUUCUCCACARCCRAAGAUUGGGGCCAUGAUAUCGUGUGGCACCCAGACCAUUUCCAGCUAGUCCUUCUCGACGGCGAAUGGGCAGUGGCUGUGAGGGACGUAAGUGGAGGGUGGAUAUAUGACGAUCAUUGGGACCUCGAGACAUUCGAAUCUCGCGCCUACGAUGCGGUAUUGGAGAGAUUAAGUGAGGUCAAUCGACGAAGUAAGGACGACCCUGCUCUUCGCGAAUACGGGGACACGUUGUUCGAGUUCUUGCAGUCAAAUAAAUGGCUGGAAGUGUCCUCCGCAUUCUACGCCCUUUCGUCAAGCCCGUCAAUUAAGCAAGUGAGUUGGGAGCUGCCUGGGGUCACCCCACCGGCAGGAGUUGUGAAGCGCAAGUCUCGCGGAAAGGACGGCAACGGGGAUGGUGAAGGCGGCGGGCAACGAGGUACCGGAGGUGGAAGUGAACAGCGUUCGACGAAACAGCGGUCUCCCGGGCACGCAGGCGGCGGAGAGGGGAAAAAGGGCAGCCGGGAGAAGAAGAAGCCUCGCAGCGGAGAGAAGACAAAGCAUCACAGAGGAGAUGGGCAGGGGGCCGAUGUCGACCGUGACGAGGACUGUGGGGUUCUGGCGGUAACAGGCAGCACCUCAAUGGAGACGGGGAAUGACUUGAGGCCUGGGUGUAUUAAGCGGCCUGGCGAGCAGGACCCUGUGAUUAGCUCCACCAGCGAAACACAGUUUGUCGAUGCGGUUGGCGGGGCGGGUGUCGCAAAGCAUGGAACAUGCUUCGCUCAACUCCAAAAACGGUUGGUGGAUUGUCUCGGAUCAAUCCGAACCUCGGAGACGACCUCGUUAUCCGGAACUCAAUGCCUUCCGGGAAGCGAGACGACAACAUACCACGGAUCUGGCAGCGACAAGCUGGAACUGUGUUCCGUUUCACCUCAAAAGGAAUUUCGGAUUAAUCCGAACCGCGAAGGCCAUGCCAUCGAGGGAGCACAGUUGUCUACAGAACUCGAACGAGUGGUCCGGGUUUCCGAAAACCCUGGCGACGGAAUUCGGAUUCAUCCGAACCAGGAAGCCGUGUCUGCCAUGACAGACGAUCGGUGUCAGGAUGCAGUAAUGCUGUGCGUGGAAGCCCACAAGGAGCUGCAGGCGGACUAUCGGACUGAGGGUGAGUUGGCGACCAGUUCCAAUGUUGAGCCCAACAGACUCGGAGCCGAGUUGGCAGUCGUAAGUGACUCCCCGGUGAAAGCGAUCAUGUCGGCGUCAUUGGAAACUGCGGGGGCUGGGAUGAAGCCGAACCAGGGCCCUGUGAACAUCUCCCUCCCUGAUGGAUCUUUGGAGACGAUCGUGAUUCGGAUUCAUCCGAGGCACACGGACGAAGGACUUCAACUGGCAGGCGUUGAGGGUUGUCGACUACUGACGACUUUUUACAAGGACAAUUCCGCCGACGACCGGAUUGAUCCGACACUCAUGGACGUCGGGAUGGAGCAGCCAGUUCAGUCGGGAUACGACGAUCCCUUGUACUCCGCCCUUCACAACGAGGCGACGGGGGAGGACGAUCUGAAGAAGGCCUCUGACGCUGUUGGAGAUAAAUUUCUCUAUUUGAGUGACGACGACAAAGACACAGCGUACAGGGACAAGAAGUUAAGGGGGGGAGAGGUGUUGUUGGACAUCCAUGGGACAUUGAGCCCAACACAGCACGACACAGUGGCAAUGGAGAAAACACAACCUGCUGAUGUUGUGGACGUCGACGAUCUUUGUCCGGAGAUGAAUAUACCGUCGACGGUCAUCGAUGCCGACAUCUCGAGCCUGUCAAGUUUCCCUGUGGGUUUGGAGCAAGUCGUCGCCUCGUCGACGCGCGCAGGGGUGCCAAUCGUGCUGGGACUGCCGUCGGUGGGUUCUGGUGAAGUGGUAGCUAGGCCUGGUAAGCACUGACUUUCUUUGCUUUCUUCCCGCUCGUCAGCCCGUUCGUGAAGUGUUGUUUGCUUCGUCGAUUUCGGGGAGGUGUAUAGGCGGCCGCCAACUG